UAAAUAUUUGCUCACUUCAUUCAAACCAUGUGUAGUCUUAUUUAUAUUAAAGAUAAAAAAAAAUCCCUUUGGUUGUUUUUUCUUCAUCAUCACUUCUUGAAACAUUCUCAGCAGCAGCAGCAGCUAUGGAGUUCAAGUACUUUCCCUGCAUUCUUGCACUUCUUCCUGUGGUGUUAAUAGUUGUUGGAAGCCAAGUCGAAGCCGAAGCAGAUAGUCUGGCCUCAGAAGCUUAUUGGAAAUCUGUGCUGCCAAAUACUCCAAUCCCUAAAUCUCUCAAUCAUCUCUUACAUCCUUCAACGGAGUGGCAAGAAAACAAAGGCACAGCUGUGAACGUCGGCCACGGCGGAGUCGGAGUCUACACCGGCAAGCCGGGCCACCGGACGAAUGUAGGCGUCCGGAAAGGGGGCGUAACCGUCGGGACACGAACCAAAAGAGGUAAACCAGUUUAUGUUGGUGUUCAUCCAGGAUAUAGUCCAUUCAAUUACUAUUACGCCGCAACCGAGACUCAGCUGCGCGACGACCCCAACGUCGCGCUUUUCUUCGUCGAAAAGGACCUGCAUCCAGGCAAAACAAUGAACCUGCACUUUUCAGACUCAGACCAAUACACAACAGAGGCCAAAUUCCUGCCCCGGAAAGUUUCUGAAUCCAUACCCUUUUCAUCGAACAAGUUGCCCGAGAUUCUCCACAAGUUUUCGGUUGAUCCCAGCUCUGACGAAGCAGUGGUGAUCAAGAAAACCAUCAAAGAGUGCGAGGACACAGCCGUGAACGGCGAGGAGAAACUCUGCGCGACUUCUUUGGAGUCAAUGGUCGACUUCAGCACCUCCAGGUUAGGGAAGGAUGUCGAGGUUAUGUCGACAGCUGCAGACACGGCUGAGAUGAAGAAGUACAGCGUCGUGGGAGUGAAGAGUAUGUCUAGUGGGAAACCGGCCGUGGUUUGCCACAAGCAGAAGUAUCCUUACGCCGUGUUUUAUUGCCACGAGACGAGCAAGACUGCUGUCUACAAGGUGUCUUUGGCGGCUGCAGACAUGUCGAGGGCGGAGGCUGUGGCUGUGUGCCACCGCGACACGGCGGCGUGGAAUCCUAAGCAUUUGGCUUUUCGGGUUCUCAAGGUGAAGCCGGGGAGUGUUCCCAUCUGCCAUUUUCUUCCUGCCGAUCACGUUGUCUGGACACAUAAGAACUAGAAAGUGAGCUCAUAGUUCGCAUACUACACUACACACGCGCGCACAUAUAUAUAUAUGUAUGUAUGUAUGUAUUUGUCGCUUCUAUGUGUUAUAGUUGUAUCGAUGUCUACUACUUCAUGUGUGUCUUUCGAUUAAUGCGAUGGUUUUAAUGUUGAUUUGAUACAGUGAAUAAGUGAAACCAUGAGUUUGAUGUA